ACCAGCUAGAGCGGCAGCACACACUGCGCCGGCUGAGGAAUAGCCACCGAAAAACACUCACUAGCUUGAUGUGAAUAUGAAAGAAAUUAAUAAAGAGGGUUACUACGCAAGGUCGGCGGAAAUUUUCCACAUUUUCAAAAGAGGAUGUAUUAAAUGUGGUCUAGCGGACUUUUUUCUAGCUAAGAAAAUGCGGAUUAAAAGCGGAGUUAUAUUUUGGAAUCUCGUUUUUUUAAUGAUGAUCACAUGUGUGCGAGGUUUCAUUUAUACCUGCGGAGGGACAUUAAAAGGGAGGAACGGUACCAUAGAGAGCCCUGGCUUUCCUUACGGAUAUCCAAACGGCGCAAACUGUACGUGGGUCAUUGUCGCCGAAGAGGGGAACAGGAUCCAGAUUGUCUUUCAGUCGUUUGCGGUGGAAGAGGAAUACGACUUUUUGUCGUUGUACGACGGUCAUCCACACCCAGCGAACUUCAGGACCAGGUUAACAGGGUUCCAGAUCCCCCCUCCGGUGACAAGCACAGGCUCUGUCUUCUCCCUGCGCCUCACCAGCGACUUCGCUGUGAGCGCCCAUGGAUUCAAAAUUUAUUAUGAAGAAUUGCAGAGCAGUUCCUGUGGAAACCCGGGCGUCCCCCCCAAAGGAAUCUUGUACGGGACGCGCUUCAAUGUUGGGGACAAGAUCCGCUAUAGCUGUGUGACGGGCUAUGUGCUGGAUGGACACCCGCAGCUGACCUGCAUCACCAACUCAGGCAACGCUGCUGUGUGGGACUUCCCCGUGCCCAUCUGCAGAGCUGAGGACACAUGUGGUGGUACUCUGAGAGGUUCAAGUGGGAUCAUUUCAAGCCCCAAUUUCCCGAGUGAAUAUUACAAUAGUGCGGACUGUACGUGGACCAUACUUGCUGAUCCCGGAGACACCAUCUCCAUCAUUUUUACAGACUUCCAGAUGGAGGACAAGUAUGACUACUUAGAAGUGGAAGGAUCAGAGCCACCAACAAUAUGGUUAUCGGGGAUGAACAUUCCUUCUCCUAUUGUCAGUAACAAGAACUGGCUGAGGCUUCAUUUUGUGACUGACAGCAACCAUCGAUAUAGAGGCUUUAGCAGUCAUUAUCAAGUGAAAAGAUCCGUAGAUUUUAAAUCUAGAGGAGUAAAAUUAUUCCCAGGCAAAGACAACAGCAACAAGUUUUCUAUCUUGAACGAAGGAGGAAUUAAGCAAGCGUCCAAUUCAUGCCCAGACCCUGGAGAACCUGAGAACGGGAAGCGCAUUGGCUCCGACUUUAGCAUCGGAGCCACGGCUCAGUUCUCCUGCGACGAGGACCAUGUGCUCCAGGGCUCCAAGACCAUCACCUGCCAGAGGGUGGCUGAGGUGUUUGCCGCCUGGAGCGACCACCGGCCAGUCUGCAAAGUGAAGACCUGUGGAUCAAAUCUACAAGGCCCCGCAGGAACCUUCACGUCCCCCAACUUCCCGAUCCAGUACGAGAGCAACUCCCAGUGUGUGUGGAUCAUCACCGCUAGCAAUCCCAAUAAGGUGAUUCAGAUUAACUUUGAGGAGUUUGACCUGGAAAUUGGCUACGACACGUUAACCAUCGGAGAUGGAGGGGAAGUCGGUGAUCCCAAGACGAUACUGCAAGUCCUAACAGGCAGCUUCGUUCCUGACCUCAUCGUCAGCAUGACCCACCAGAUGUGGCUGCACCUCCAGUCCGACGAGAGCGUGGGGUCUAUUGGCUUCAAGAUCAACUACAAAGAAAUCGAGAAGGAGAGCUGCGGCGACCCGGGGACCCCCCUCUACGGGAUUCGGGAAGGGACAGGUUUCUCCAAUGGGGACGUGCUGCGCUUCGAGUGCCAGUUUGGGUUCGAGCUCAUCGGGGAGAGAACAAUCUCCUGUCAGAACAACAACCAGUGGUCAGCCAACAUCCCCAUUUGCAUCUUUCCGUGCUUGUCGAAUUUCACCGCUCCGAUGGGAACGGUGCUGUCACCCGAUUACCCUGAGGGUUACGGGAACAACCUGAACUGUGUGUGGUUGAUCAUCUCGGAGCCGGGCAGCCGGAUUCACCUGGCCUUCAACGACUUCGACCUGGAGGCCCCUUACGACUUCCUGACGGUGAAGGAUGGGGAGCUGCUGGACUCGGCCGUGCUGGGCCGCUUCUCCGGGGCCGAGGUGCCCUCGCACCUCACCAGCAACACCAAUAUCCUGCGACUGGAGUUCCAGGCGGAUCAUUCGAUGUCAGGCCGCGGCUUCAACAUCACCUACAACACUUUUGGCCACAAUGAGUGUCCCGAUCCAGGAAUCCCUAUAAACGCCCGCCGCUUCGGAGACAGCUUCCAGUUGGGAAGCUCCAUCUCUGUGAUCUGCGAGGAGGGGUUCAUCAAGACCCAGGGAGCGGAAACCAUCACCUGCGAGUUAGACAACGGCAUGGUGAUGUGGAGCGGACCCAUUCCCAAAUGCGAAGCCCCCUGCGGGGGCCAUUUUUCGGCCCCCAGUGGCGUCAUCCUGUCCCCCGGGUGGCCGGGGUAUUACAAAGACUCCCUGAGCUGCGAGUGGGUCGUCGAGGCGGAGACAGGCCGCUCCAUCAAGAUCACCUUCGACAGAUUUCAGACGGAGCUCAAUUACGACUUCCUGGAGCUUCACGAUGGACCCAACGUUCUGUCGCCACUCAUCGGCUCCUUCAACGGCACCCAGGUGCCCCAGUUCCUGUUCAGCAGCAGCAACCACCUCUACCUGCUCUUCACCACAGAUAACAGCCGCUCCAACAGCGGCUUCAAGAUCUACUAUGAAAGUGUCACUGUGGAUACCUACUCCUGCCUAGACCCAGGAAUCCCAGUCAACGGGCUGCGCUACGGCCAGGACUUCUCCAUCGGGUCCACCGUCUCCUUCGGCUGCGAUCCCGGCUACAGGCUGAACCACGAGGAGCCCCUAGUGUGCGAGAAGAAUCACUGGUGGAGCCACCCGCUGCCCACGUGCGACGCUCUCUGUGGAGGAGACGUGAGGGGACCCCGUGGGACCAUCCUGUCUCCUGGAUACCCUGAAAUGUACCCCAACUCCCUGAACUGCACCUGGACUGUGGAAGUCAGCCAUGGGAAAGGAGUCCAGUUCACCUUUCACACCUUUCAUCUGGAAGAUCACCAUGACUACCUGCUGAUCACGGAGAACGGCAGCUUCACUCAGCCCCUGGCCCGUCUCACGGGGUCCGACCUGCCGUCCGUCAUCAACGCCGGCCUGUACGGCAACUUCAAGGCUCAGCUACGCUUCAUCUCUGACUUUUCCAUAUCGUACGAGGGGUUCAACAUCACCUUUUCUGAAUACAAUCUGGAACCGUGCGAGGACCCAGGGAUGCCACGGUUCGGGCGGCGGAACGGCUACAACUUCGGCAUUGGUGAUACUCUCAGUUUUUCCUGCAGUAUGGGUUACCGGCUAGAGGGGGCGCCAGAGGUCGUAUGCCUUGGGGGUGGCCGCCGGAUGUGGAGCGCACCUCUGCCAAGGUGUGUGGCCGAGUGCGGCUCGUCCGUCAUGAACAACGAGGGCAUCCUCCUCUCGCCGAACUACCCCAUGAACUACGAGAACAACCACGAGUGCAUCUACAGCAUCCAGGUGCAGGCCGGGAAAGGCAUCAACAUCUCUGCCCGGACCUUUCACCUGGCGCAGGGAGACAUGCUCAAGAUCUAUGACGGGAAGGACAACACGGCCCACGUGCUCGGGGCCUUCACUGGGUCGUCCAUGCUGGGCCUGACGCUCAUGAGCACCUCCAAUCACCUCUGGCUGGAGUUCUACACGGACGUGGAGUUCACCGGAGAGGGCUUCAAGCUCGUCUACUCCAGUUUCGAGCUGUCCCACUGCGAGGACCCCGGCGUGCCCCAGUUUGGCUUCAAGGUCAGCGACCAGGGGCAUUUCUCCGGCAGCUCCAUCACCUACCGCUGCAACCCUGGCUACACCCUCCAUGGCAGCAGCGUGCUGAAGUGCAUGACCGGCGAGAGGAGGGCCUGGGACAACCCUCUCCCCUCCUGCAUAGCUGAAUGCGGCGGGAGAUUCAAAGGCGAGUCGUCGGGCCGCAUCCUGUCUCCCGGAUACCCAUUCCCCUACGACAACAACCUGCGCUGCACCUGGGUCAUCGAGGUUGACUCGGGCAACAUCGUCAGCUUGCAGUUUUUGGCGUUCGACACCGAAGCCUCCCACGACAUCCUGAAGGUCUGGGACGGGCCGCCGGAAAACGAGAUGUCCCUGAGGGAAGUUAGCGGGUCGCUGCUUCCCGAGAGCAUCCACAGCACGCUCAACCAAGUCACCAUCCAGUUCGAGACAGACUUUUACAUCAGCAAGUCUGGGUUUGCCAUCGAGUUCUCAAGUUCCGUUGCAACUGCAUGCAGAGACCCUGGGGUGCCCAUGAACGGCAGCCGCAACGGAGACGGCCGGGAGCCAGGGGACGCGGUGACAUUCCAGUGCGAUCCCGGCUACGAGCUGCAGGGCGAGAUGCGCAUCACAUGCAUCCAGGUGGAAAACAGAUACUACUGGCAGCCCAGCCCCCCCAUCUGCAUAGCUCCCUGUGGGGGAAACCUGACUGGAUCCUCUGGCUUCAUCCUCUCACCGAAUUACCCCCACCCCUACCCCCACAGUAAGGACUGUGAUUGGCUGAUAGCGGUCAACCCGGACUACGUCCUGUCACUGGCAUUCAUCAGCUUCAGCAUCGAACCCAACUACGACUUCCUGUACAUCUACGACGGGCCGGACAGCAGCAGCUCGCUGAUCGGCACCUUCCAGGACAGCAAGCUGCCCGAGCGCAUCGAGAGCAGCUCCAACACCAUGCACCUGGCCUUCCGCAGUGACGGCUCGGUCAGCUACACUGGCUUCCACCUCGAGUACAAAGCCAAGCUCCGGGAGUCGUGCUUCGAUCCCGGAAGCGUGAUGAACGGCACACGGGUGGGAAGUGACUACAAGCUGGGCUCCACGGUGACGUACUACUGCGAGCCCGGCUACAUGCUGCAGGGCUAUUCCACGCUCACCUGCAUCAUGGGCGACGACGGCCGGCCUGGCUGGAACAGGGUUCUGCCCAGCUGUCAAGCCCCAUGUGGCAGCCGCUCCACAGGCACCGAGGGGACCGUGCUGUCGCCCAACUACCCCCGGAACUACACAGCGGGGCAUAGCUGUGUCUACGCCAUCUCCGUGCCCAGAGAAUUCGUGCUCUUUGGCCAGUUUGUCUUCUUUCAAACUUCCCUCAACGACGUGGUGGACAUCUACGACGGGCCGACCCAGCAAUCGCCCCUGCUGUCCUCUCUGUCCGGCUCCCACUCAGGAGAGUCUUUGCCCUUAAGUACUGGAAACCAAAUAACCAUCAAGUUCACCAUAGUGGGUCCUGAAACCUCCAAAGGCUUUCACUUUGUGUACCAAGCCGUCCCCAGGACCAGUGCUACGCAGUGCAGCUCUGUGCCGGAGCCCCGUUUCGGGAAGAGGCUCGGCAAUGACUUCGCCAUGAGCGCCGUGGUGCUCUUUGAGUGCAACCCCGGCUACACCCUGCAUGGCUCCACAGCCAUCCGCUGCGAGACAGUGCCCAACGCCCUGGCCCAGUGGAACGACACGCUGCCCACAUGCGUCGUGCCCUGCGGAGGCAUUUUGACAGCGCGCAGAGGGACCAUCCUGUCUCCCGGCUACCCCGAGCCAUACGACAACAAUCUCAAUUGCGUAUGGAAGGUCUCCGUGCCAGAGGGCGCUGGAAUCCAAAUUCAGGUGAUAAGUUUCGCCACAGAGCACAACUGGGACUCCCUGGAUUUCUACGACGGAGCAGAUAACAAUGCGCCAAGACUGGGCAGCUACUCAGGCACCACCAUCCCACAGCUUUUGAAUAGCACUUCAAACAACCUGUACCUGAACUUCCAGUCCGACAUCAGCGUCUCUGCAGCCGGCUUCCACCUGGAGUACACAGCUAUAGGCUUGGAUUCGUGUCCGGAGCCCCAGACCCCCAACAAUGGCGUCAAGGUCGGCGACCGCUACAUGGUGGGAGAUGUGGUGAUGUUCCAGUGUGAGCAGGGCUAUUCCCUCCAGGGAAACAUGUACAUAACCUGCAUGCCUGGACCCGUGAGAAGAUGGAACUACCCCGUGCCGCUCUGUUUAGCUCAGUGUGGCGGCUCGAUGACGGACUUCAGCGGGGUGAUCCUGAGCCCCGGAUUUCCCGGGAAUUACCCCAGUGGCUUGGACUGCACCUGGACUGUCAGCCUCCCGGUCGGCUUUGGAAUCCACCUGCAGUUCCUGAACUUCUCCACGGAGGCCAUCCACGACUACCUGGAGGUCCGCAGUGGCUCCCUGGAGACGGGCACGGUGAUCGACAGGUUCAGCGGCCCCCAAGUGCCUGAGCCCUUCUUCAGCACCACCCACGAGACCAGCUUCUUCUUCCACAGCGACUACUCCCAAAACAAGCCGGGUUUCCACAUCACGUACCAGGCCUACCAGCUGCAGAGCUGUCCCGACCCGCGGCCCUUCCGCAACGGCAUCGUCAUCGGCAGCGACUUCAGCGUAGGCCUCACCGUGUCCUUCGAGUGCCUGCCGGGAUACACCCUGAUCGGCGAGGCCUCGCUCACCUGCCUGCACGGCAUCAGCCGCAACUGGAAUCACCCCAUGCCGCGCUGCGAAGCUCUAUGUGGGGGGAACAUCACCUCCAUGAAUGGGACCGUCUAUUCUCCUGGACACCCCGCAGAGUAUCCCCACUUCCAGGACUGCGUGUGGAGUGUCAGGGUUCCCCCUGGCAACGGGAUCUACAUCAACUUCACCGUGCUUAGUACAGAACCCAUCUACGACUACAUCACUGUCUGGGACGGCCCAGAUCAAAGCUCGCCGCAGAUCGGCCAGUUCAGCGGAAACACGGCGCUGGAGUCCGUCUACAGCACCUCCAAUCAGAUCCUGAUCAAAUUCCACAGCGACUUCAGCGGCAGUGGAUUCUUUGUUCUCAGCUACCACGCGUACCAGCUGAGGGUGUGCCAACCUCCUCCACGGCUCCUUAACGCCGAUGUGUUGAUGGAGGACGACGAGUUCGAAAUCGGAGACAUAAUCAGGUACCAGUGUCACCCUGGGUUCACGCUGGUGGGCAAUGAGAUCCUGACCUGUCGGCUGGGCGAGAGGCUACAGAUGGACAGUCCUCCUCCGAUGUGCCAAGUGCAAUGCCCCGCCCACGAUGUUCGCUUUGACUCCAGCGGGGUCAUCCUGAGUCCAGGCUACCCGGACAGCUACCCCAACCUUCAGAUGUGCUCGUGGAGCAUCAACGUGGAGAAGGGCUACAACAUCACACUAUAUUUCGAGUUCUUCCAGACGGAGCGCGAGUUUGACGUCCUGGAAGUCUUUGAUGGCCCCAACAUCCACAGCCCGACCCUGGCCUCGCUGAGUGGAGACCUGAGCACACCCUUCAACAUCACCACCAGUGGCCAUCAGCUGCUGCUUCGCUGGUCCUCCGACCACGGCACCAACAAGAAGGGCUUCCGCGUCAGAUAUGUCGGUGAGUAUCAAACUCUGUACUGCAGCACCCCAGACUCGCCGCAGCACGGCUCUAUCAUCAGCCAGACGGGCGGCCAGCUCAACAGCCUGGUGCGCUGGACCUGCGACCGUGGCUACCGCCUCAUCGGCAAGGGCACGGCCGUGUGCAAGAAGACGCCCUACGGGUAUUACGCGUGGGAUGCCCCCGUGCCAGCCUGCCAGGCUGUCUCAUGUGGCGCUCCAAAGGCCCCGGUUAAUGGCGGCGUGCUUACGACCGACUACUCGGUGGGCACCCGCGUGACCUACUUCUGCAACGACGGGUACCGGCUCUCGGCAAAGGAGCUGACGAGCGCUGUCUGCCAGCCCGACGGCACGUGGAGUAACCACAACAAGAUUCCACGCUGCUCAGUGGUGGUGUGCCCCAGCAUUGGCUCCUUCUCCCUGGAACACGGGAGGUGGCGCAUUGUCAACGGCUCGCACUACGAGUACCGCACCAAGAUCAUCUUCAGCUGCGACCCGGGCUUCUACCGACUGGGCCCCUCCCACAUCCAGUGUAUGGCCAAUGGCGCGUGGAGCUGGAGGAACGAGCGGCCGCACUGCCAGAUCAUCUCCUGCGGUGAGCUGCCCACCCCCCCCAACGGGAAGAAGAUCGGCACGCAGAUAACAUUUGGCGCCACGGCCAUCUUUACCUGCGAUGUGGGCUACAUGCUGGUGGGCUCAACUGUGCGCGAGUGCUUGUCGUCAGGGCUCUGGAGUGGGACGGAGACCCGGUGCCUCGCCGGCCACUGCGGCGUCCCAGAGCCGAUUGUCAAUGGCCAGGUGAUCGGCGAGAACUUCGGCUACCGGGACACGGUGGUGUACCAGUGUGUUCCAGGCUUCCGCCUCAUCGGCUCUUCUGUCCGGAUCUGCCAGCAGGACCACAACUGGUCGGGCCAGCUGCCCGCCUGCGUCUCUAUUAGCUGCGGUCACCCUGGCAGUCCCAUCUACGGGCGCACCGUUGGGAAUGGCUUCAACCUGAACGACGUGGUGAGCUUCUCCUGCAACACGGGCUACAUCAUGGAGGGCCCGUCGCGCGGCCAGUGCCAGGCUAACCGGCAGUGGAGCCAUCCACCACCGACAUGUAAAGUGGUGAACUGCUCAGAUCCCGGGAUCCCGGCCAACUCCAUCCGGGAGAGUAAGAUCGAACACGGCAACUUCACCUUCGGUACUGUAGUCUUCUACGACUGCAGCCCCGGGUACUACCUCUUCGGGUCGUCCGUGCUCACCUGCCAGCCCACGGGGCAGUGGGACAAGCCACUGCCCGAGUGCAUCGUCAUCGACUGCGGCCACCCAGGCUCUCCCCCCAACAGCGUCCUAAUCGGAGACAAGUUCACCUUUGGCUCGACGGUGCGCCUCACAUGCAACGGCGGGAGGGAGCUGAAAGGCCAGGCGUCACGCACCUGCCAGCUCAAUGGCCACUGGAGCGCCCCCAUGCCGUACUGCUCAGGUGACUCGUCUGGAACCUGCGGGGACCCCGGCACCCCAUCCCACGGCAGCAGGGAGGAGAGUGACUUCAAGGUCCGCAGCAAGGUCCGCUUCAGCUGUGCCACGGGCUACACGCUGUACGGCUCAGCCGAGCGCGUCUGCUUCACCAACGGCACCUGGUCGGGGAGGCAGCCCUCCUGCAAACCGGUUCAGUGUGGUAACCCCGGCACGCCCAGCAACGGCCGCGUGUUCCGCCUCGACGGCACCAGCUUCUCCCACUCUGUCAUCUACUCCUGCAUGGACGGCUACAUCCUCUCCGGCUCGUCCACACGCCAGUGCCUGGCCAAUGGUACCUGGUCCGGCAGCUCCCCCAACUGUACCAUGAUCAACUGCGGGGACCCCGGCGUCCCGGCCAAUGGGCUGCGGUAUGGUGAGGACUUCACCAUCAACCAGAACAUCACCUUCGUCUGCCAACCGGGCUACACGAUGGAGCCUGCCAGCUCCGUGAUCCGCACCUGCACUGGGAACGGGACGUGGAGUGCUGUCAUGCCCGCCUGCAAAGCUGUCACCUGCGUGGCCCCCCUGCCCAUCUCUAACGGCAUCCUGGAGGGCACCGACUUCGAGUGGGGCACCAGUGUGAGCUACAGCUGCACGCCAGGCUACGAGCUCUCCUUCCCCGCCAUCCUCACCUGCGUGGGCAACGGCUCCUGGAGCGGCGAGGUGCCCCAGUGCCUGCCCAAGUUUUGCGGGGACCCUGGCGUGCCGGCCCAUGGCAUGAGAGAAGGUCGGAGUUUCAUCUAUCAGUCAGAGGUGUCCUUCAGCUGCAGCGCCCCCUACAUCCCGGUGGGCUCCACCACACGCAUCUGCCAGGCUGAUGGCACUUGGAGUGGAUUCCAGCCACGCUGUAUAGAACCAACCCGCACCACGUGUGAGAACCCCGGCACACCUCGCUACGGCUCCCUGAACAGGACCUCCGGAUUCAAGGUGGGCAGCGUGGUGCAGUUCCAGUGCCAAUCCGGAUACCUUCUCCAGGGAUCCACCACCCGGCUGUGCCAAGCGGACCUCACCUGGAGCGGGACGCAGCCCGAGUGCAUCCCCCACUCCUGCAAGCAGCCGGAAAGCCCUCCCAACGUCAACGUGGUGGGCAUGGACCUGCCCAGCUAUGGGUACACCCUCCUCUACAGCUGCCAGCCUGGCUUCUUCCUGGCGGGUGGCUCCGAGCACCGGGUCUGCAAGUCCGACGGGACCUGGACUGGGAAGAUGCCGGUGUGCCGAGCUGGCUCAAAAUUGUCGGAAAAAGCCCUUAAACCUGUGGCGGGAACGCCCAGCCCGAAACUGUACGUUCCCGAUGAUGUCUUUGCCCCCAACUACAUCUGGAAAGGUUCCUAUAACUACAAGGGAAGGAAGCUGCCCAUGUCCUUGAUGAUCACAAGCUUUAACAGGACCACGGGGAGGGUCAACGCUACGCUGGUCAACCGCAACGCGGAGCUCCUGCUCUCAGGCGUAUACAAAAGUCAAGAAGCACGCCUGAUGCUGCUCAUGUACCACGUGAAGGCGUCUACUCACACUUCGCUGAGCAAAAUGAAAGAGGAGGAGUGGUCCAUGGAUGGGUUUGUUUCCGCAGAACCGGACGGCGCCACCUAUGUCUUUCAAGGCUUCAUACAGGGUAAAGAUUACGGCCAGUUCGGGCUGCAGAGACUAGGUCUGAACAUGUCCGAGAGUAAUAAUUCGUCAAACCCCCCCCACGGUACGAACAGCAGCUCGGUGGCCAUAGCGAUCCUCGUGCCUUUCUUUGCUCUCAUUUUCGCAGGCUUCGGAUUUUAUCUCUACAAACAGCGGACUACACCUAAAACCCAGUACACAGGCUGCUCUGUUCACGAGAACAACAACGGCCAGGCGGCCUUCGAGAACCCCAUGUACAACACCAGCGCCAAGUCAGCGGAAGGGAAGGCGGUCCGAUUCGACCCCAACCUGAACACAGUCUGCACAAUGGAACCGAUGGCUCAUGUGCGUCCUGAGGAUUCUGAGUCCGACAUCAUCUUUUAGAAGACUGAGGACGACAAAAAAAAACAAAAAACAAAAACAAAAAAAA